AUGGCAACAAUAACUCUAACUUACAGCAAGACCCAAAUGUUUGGAACGCUGCCCGCGGAGACUUGCAUACCACCAGAAAGUGUACGACCCGACCACGAGGCAUGCCACCCUCUUCGCGCAACCCAGAGUCACCAGCUCGACGAGAACGGAGAAGGAGAGCGCACCAACGCAUUGACAGCGAGAGCCACCACCGACCAAGGCGACGAGAGGAGGAAUCCCCACAGGCAAGCCCUUCGAAAGACAGACCGAAGAGACAUCGACAUGAACGAUCAAGCUCGCGAAGGCCGGAGUCGGAGUUCAGCAACGCUGUCGUCCGCGCAACUGGCGCAGCUGGACCAUCUGAAUCGCAAGCUAGGAUGGAACGAGUACGAUGGCAUGCGACGGCAGCAGCAGGUGGAUGAUGACGAGGAGACGCGUGCUGAGUACGAUGAUGACAGAGAGCGAGAACAGCAGGAGCGGGAAAGAGAUAGGGAGCGCAGGCGAGAGGAGCACCGUGAGCGUAAACGGAGAAGAAGAGAGAAAGAGAAGGCGGCGGCAGCGGCGGCGGCGGCAGGGGCCAUGACACAAGCAAGUGACGAUGAGUAUGGGAAUCCGAAGUACACACGUCAGCGACGACAGGAGAGGAGGGUGGCUAGUGGACAGGCGCUGGAGCGAGGGUCACAUUACCACAGCGAAAAGUACACCUCAAGAGACGAUGUCCGGCGACGAGAUGGGAGCAGCGACCCGAGCUAUGAUGAAGAAGCACGCCGCAGAAAACGCAAACGUUGGAUCUGGAUCGGCGUAGGGGUGUUUGUGGUCAUCCUAAUCAUCGCAAUAGCAGUGGGCGUGACGGUCAGCAAGAAUAGCAGUGGUGACUCCAGCUCUAGUAGCGCAAGUCCAUCUGGCUCAGCAACACCCUCAAACAGCAAUCUGAACGGCGUCUCACAAUCGACUAUACCAAAGUCUGCGAGAGGGACCUAUCUGGACCCGUUCGAUUGGUACGACACCACCGACUUCAAUGUCACCUACACCAACGCCCAGGUUGGAGGUCUGUACGUCAUGGGUCUGAACAGCACCUGGGACGACACCACACGAGCAAACAACAAUGUUCCACGACUCAAUGAGAAAUGGCAGUACGGUACGAUGCCAAUCCGGGGGAUCAAUCUUGGGGGCUGGCUGAGCAUCGAGCCGUUCAUCACGCCAUCAUUGUUUUCGGACUACAGCACCAGCGACGGGGUCGUGGACGAGUGGACGCUGUCGGAGACCCUGGGCUCAAGCAAUCUGAGAAGCACUCUCGAGCAGCACUACUCUUCGUGGGUGCGGGAGUCGACUUUCUCGGAGAUACAGGCAGCAGGCUUCGACCAUGUACGCAUUCCGUUUUCGUACUGGGCAGUGACGACGUACGAAGGCGACCCUUACCUGCCGAUGGUCUCUUGGCGGUAUUUGCUGCGAGCUAUUGAGUGGGCGAGAAAGCAUGGUCUUCGAAUCAAUCUUGAUCUGCACGGUGCUCCCGGAUCGCAGAACGGCUGGAAUCACUCUGGCCACCAAGGAGCUAUCGGCUGGCUAAACGGCACAGAUGGUACGACGAAUGGUCAGCGGACAAUCGAUAUUCACGACCAGCUGUCGACCUUCUUCACCCAGCCUCGCUACAAGAACAUCAUCACACUUUACGGGUUGGUUAACGAACCUCGCAUGACGUCGCUUGACACCCAGACGGUGAUGACCUGGACGCAAAAUGCCAUUACGAAGAUCCAGGGCAAUGGCUUUGACGGGCUGCUCAUCCUCGGCGACGGCUUCAUGGGAUUGGAAAACUGGCAAGGUCUUCUCACUGGGGUCAACAAUGUGGUGCUCGACGCGCAUCAGUACGUCAUCUUCAACAACGAUCAGAUCGUCCUCAACCACCACGACAAGAUCAAGUUUGCCUGUGCGGGCUGGACAUCGCAGUCCAAGCUGUCCAUGAACACCAACACCGGCUUCGGUCCGACUAUCUUCGGCGAAUGGUCGCAGGCCGAUACCGACUGCGCGGAUUAUCUCAAUAAUGUCGGCAUCGGAUCUCGUUGGGAGGGCACACUGAAUAUGAUUAAUACGCCCGGUGGCUCGACCAGCGGCAGCGUUCUGACGCCGAUGUGUCCCACGGACAACAACCCGCAAUGUUCGUGCGAUGGGGCCAACGCUGAUCCGUCGAGCUACUCGGAUGGAUACAAGCAGUGGUUGCUGUACUUUGCGCAGGCGCAGAUGGAUUCGUUUGAGUAUGGAUGGGGUUGGUUUUACUGGACGUGGCAGACUGAGAGCGCAACACAAUGGAGUUAUAAGGAUGCGCUGGCGAAUGGGAUAAUGCCUGAGAAGGUUUAUGAUCGGAGUUGGAGUUGCAACUCGACGAUACCGCCGUUUGGGACCUCGGAUUUGCCGGAGUACUACUGA